UCUACACUCUGGUGACGUCAUCAGAGGAUAAUGAGCCUCCUCCCCCAGCAGAGCUCACUGUCUGAGAGCUUAUUCCAGGAGCUGGUGCUCACUUUGGGGUUGGAAAUGUCCAUACUGCUCUGUGUGUCCCUCAUAUUACACGUCGGGUACUGUCAGGUACGAGUUAAUAAAGUGGUCUACGCGCUGUUGCAUUCAAACGUGACCCUAAAAUGCCAAGCUGACACGCAGGAAGAAAUCAAACAAACCACCUGGGAAGUGAAAGUGGAUGGAACCAGUAAGACAUUCCUUACAUAUAGAAACGACACAGGAUCCAUUUUUCAGAUGUCCUAUGGUGGGAGAGUUAGGUUCAAGGGUGACGGAUACAAAGAUGGAUCCAUUCAGAUACUUUCUGUUACCCUGGCCGAUGAGGGCGUCUUCAAAUGCGUUUUCACCACAUACCCAUCUGGAACCAUUGAAGGAGAAAUCCAGUUACAAAUUUUCGUUCUGCCUACAGUCAGGCAAGAGCUGAAGCAAGACGUCAGAACUCCCUGCAUCAAUAUGGUGACUGAGUGUUUGGUGUCCUCAGCAAAACCGGCUGCAGAGAUCCAGUGGAUCACUCAUGGGAUAAAUUAUACAUCAGAAGAGAACGUAACUAUACAUACCAAUAAAACCAUGAGUAAGAGGAGCCAGCUGUAUAUGAUGACAACCCCAGACUUGUACGACCAUGAAGUGCUCUGCUUGGUCUCUCAGCCGAACAUCCCUUUCGAAUACCAGGGAAAUAUCACAGUCAAAGUCACCUUGACCAACAUUCAAUUUCCUCCUCAGAUGGUGCAAAUUGAAGUACUGAAAAAUAAAGACAAGCUGCAGCUUUUAUGUAAAUCGGAUGGCAAUCCAAGGCCAAAGUACAACUGGAAGCGGAGAGACGCGGAGAGAAGUAACAUCAUCCCAUUGGAUACUCCCGAGAUGACAUCAUCGACUCUAAACUAUACCGAUGAGUAUAGUGAUGGAUUAUACAUCUGUGAAGCAGCAAAUGAUGUGGGACUAAACCAGGGAUAUAUUUACAUGUAUCAGAAAACAAGUCCCUCUCGUCUUCGUACUGGACUUUUAAUCAGUGUUCUCGGUUUCUUUCCCAUUGCAAUGAUGUGUUUGUGUUACAAAAUCAUACUCGGAAUCCUGGAUAUAAAAAAUGAAAAGUUUUUCUGGAAGUCACAAAGUUUUGAAGAACAUUCCGAGGAGAAACCUGAAAGGAAACGAAGCAGAAAAUUGAAGCAAACUUCUGAUGAGGAACUUGAAAACAUUGGAGACACUGGUUUGCAAGAAUCAAAACCAAAAGAAGAUACAAGGAGCAAGAAACUUGAGCAAGGCCCAUCAGAACCUACUGAGAUGUCGGAAUCAGGAGAACAGACCUCACAGUUGCUUUAGCUCUGACUCAUCUACUAAAAGAAAUUCCUAUUUAUCAGGUCAAAUUCAAUUAAAGGGACUCUAGACCGACAGUCUACUGUAACUGCAACUUCUCUGCAGCCGAGAAUAAUCUACUGUUUCCUGUCAUCCGUCAUUUCAGACUGAGGAGACUGCUGUGUUCUUCCCUGGUACGACUGAUUGGAGGUUUGGAUAAUUCCAUGACUUUCCAUAUUUCUAAUUUUGGGAACUUUCAAAAACAUUCCAGUUCAUGUGAGACUCUCUUUCAUGAUAAGUCAAGAUGUUUCCAAUUUUUGUUUUGGAUAAGUCAACCUAUGUCCCCAAAACCCAUGAUCCUACUAUCGUCAUGACACCUGAUGUUGGGAAACCUACUUCUUCUGAAGCAGUACACAUACUAUAUAU